AUGGAUAGCCCAAAGAAACCACUGGGUGUUGCAACGUCUGCCACAAUCACGACGCCGCUAACCGUGGUUAGUACCUCUGUCAGUAACACGAUCACGUCCAGUGCUGAAUCAGGCUCGUCAUGUGGAAAGCAAAAGCUGACCGAGUCCCAUCAAAAUCUACAUAAUUUCUGGCCAAAUCUAUUGCGGGAAAUACACCUGGUGGACAACGUUGAGCCUGGCAAUCAGUUGCUACCGCUGGCACGCAUCAAAAAGAUCAUGAAGCUGGACGAGGAAGUUAAAAUGAUAUCUUCCGACGCACCGCUACUUUUUGCGAAAGCGAUAGAAAUCUUCAUACAGGAGCUGACGCUUCGGGCCUGGCUACAUACGGAGCAUAACAAACGGCGAACGUUACAGCGAAGUGAUAUCGCGAUGGCCAUUACCAGGUACGAUCAGUUCGAUUUCCUAAUAGACAUUGUACCGCGCGAUGAGAUCAAGGUGUACAAAAAGGAAUUUGAAGGCAAGUCGGAGGAUGGACCGAGCGGUGGUACUACGGCCGCUAAUGGUGCUGGCAACAGCAGUAGUACCAACGGUUCCGAGGAUAUGCAGUACUUCUUUCAGCUAUCGCAACAACAUCAGAAGGUAACGUUGCAGCAUGCGACCAAAGGCAGCAUAGGUGCACUGACGAACGGUGGAACGGUAUUUGAUCUUGCGACGGUGAUUGGUGCGACUGGUAGCCAGCAGCUACUACAAGCAGCAACAACCUCAACGAUGGCAACCGCGCAACAAGAGAAAAUGUUGCCUACCGGUGUCGAGUCGCAUGCUGGUGUAAGUACUCCAGUAUCUACAUUUCAACAGCUUCCCUCCUCCCAGACUACGAUACAAACCGCAUCUGGGCAGAGCAUAAUCCUCGCAAAUGGUAGUGCGACGGCUGGUGGUGUUCCGAAUGGAAAUGCUACUACGACCAACCAACUCCUAUCUGCCAACCAAUCCCUGCAACUACUGCAACACGUAAUGACUCCGACGGGUGAAAUAGCGCAAAUACCGCUGAACUUCAUACGCACCGCCGGUUCGGGCGGUACCCCUAACACUGGUCAGCCAAUCUUCAUACAUACUGCUCCCAUGCAGGCAGCUCCCACGAUAAUCCACACCGGACCUACCGGUAUCUUUCUAAGCGCCAAUCAAUUUCAACAAUUGCAACAGCAACAGGUACAGCAGCAGCAACAGAAUCAUCUUCAUCAAACACAACAUCAGCAUCAAUCACAACUGCAAAACAACCAUCAACAACAAAGGGAUUAAGUAGAAGAGGUGUGUUGAGGUGGAAUGUAAUUCGAUCGUGAUACACAACUUGUGUACAAUGAUGAAUACUUGGUUUCAGCAAGCUCUCAACAACGUUCACAUUCUCAAAAAAUGCAGAAGUAGUUCAAUUGUAUAUACCAAACCCGGUUCGUAUCCCGAACGAGAGCUCUUGCUAUCCGGCUCAUGUAAAAGCAAGACUUUUAACAUAAAUGAAUGUAGCAGAAACUAUAUCAUAUGACCAAAAAAGCACGAGUGAUAUGUAUUCAGCCCGGACCCACAAGAAGAUUUAUGCGUAUUCUGAGUGUCUGGCAAAAUUUUAGUUUGACAUCACUGAUAUAGACGAUUAAACGCAAAGCAUUCGUCUUGGGAUCAAAUCCCAUAGUAUAAAUUUUACCGUACGCGUGUUGUAGUAUAAAUUCUCCAGCAAACCAUUAAUAAUUAAUCCAGGCUGGCAGGUCAUACUUCAGGACAUAGAGAGAUAUAAGAUAAAUUGCGUUAUUUUAUUGCU